AUGUAUUCUGUUGGGUCAUUCUUCUCGACAGUCUCCAAGUUCUACUCGGAGAUUAACCCGGCCACUCUUUCCGGCGCUAUCGACAUUGUUGUCGUCCAGCAGGCCAAUGGUGACCUCGCCUGCUCACCUUUCCACGUCCGCUUCGGCAAGCUCAGUGUCCUGCGACCCCAGGAAAAGGUCGUCGAGGUCAGAGUCAACGGCGAUGUGAUUGCAUUCCCCAUGAAGGUUGGAGAUGCCGGCGAAGCCUUCUUCGUCCUCGAGACCGACGACUAUGUCCCGGACGAGUUUGCGACCUCGCCCAUUGCUGGCCCUACUGACGAGAGCGAUCUGACCCCCGUUGACUACUUUGAUCUCAAUGGCCACCCCUACAGCAGCGAUAAUCAUAAGCAGAAGCAGAUCGAGGGUGCUGUGAACGGACAGUACCCUGUUGGCGAUACAGAAGACACUCUUCUGGAUAAUGGUUAUGUGAGCGCCGCCAGUGGCCAUGGCUCUGCCUUCGAAGAGAGCCUGCGCGACGACAGCGACAGGGAAUCCAUCGCCUCAACUUCGGAGCGAAUCAUGGCCGAGCCCGCCGCAAGAGACCCCCUCCAAUCCAUGCCUGGCUCCUUCUCUCAAUCACAUGGGCCCCUUCAGGAACCAGAAUCUCCUACCCCCUCCAAAUCACUCUCAAACGACAACCAAAUACCCCGCCCCAGAGACACCAUCGACCCUGCCGUCAAUGCUCUCUUCCCUGUUGUCGUCCGCGAGGAAUUGACCGACGCCAACAACAGCGACACUCUUACACCAGAACAGAAGUCAUCAAGAACAGGACGUCGUAAGAGUGAGGUGAUCUUUGAUAUGACGGGAUACAAGACCGACUCGUGUACAGAGUCCUCAGACGACGACGACGACCUCCCUCGAGGAAUUCUCUCCGACAGCGAACGUCAUAACCGCGUUUUGCGCAAGAAAUUCAGCAGGACCAAAUCUCAGCUCAACAAGGAGCAGCGUCAGCAGCUUGUGGAGGAUAUCAAGCAAGGAGCAUUCUUAAGGCCCGAGGAAACCCUCGCCGAUACCCAGCUGGAGCGUCAGAAAUCUCGCGACCAGCGGAAAAAGAAGAGGGCAGGAAUCGCUCAUGGUUCGCAAGGAAGAAAGGGCAGAAAGAGAGCCAACAGUAUGCCUGCCAUCGGAGAGCCAGACAUUCCUUUCCCCGGAAUCGACAGCCUUCCCGAGAAGCACCGCGACACUGUUGCCAAGAAGGAUGCUAUCGCUGUUGAAAAGAUGCCAAAGCGUACUGCCAGACCCAACGUCAUGAGUGACACCGAGAUGGAGUACGAGACAAACAAGCCUGUUACAGGCACUAAGGAGUGGACUUGGGGAUGGGGCACUUUGCCAGUCAAGCAGGAUAACCCUGAUGAGGAUGAUGAGGUCAAGGAGGAUACUUCCAAGCCUCUGAUCCCCGAAGAACCAGUCGAGAUUGAGACGAGAGAGUUCCAGAUGGGUUCAACCAAGUGCUGUGUCGCUCUUUCUCUGUGCGGCGAGGAAGAGUUUGACAAGGAUGCGGUUGCGAGCCACAAGGCAUUUCAGAGCGCACAGUUGACAUUUGAGACGUUCUCAAAGGAUCCCGCCGCUGUUCUCGCUGACAAGAAGUUGGUCUGCUACAUCGAUGGACGGUUCUACUCCUGGAACAAUGCUGUGCCCCAGCUUGCCGCCCUUCUCUUCUUCCACCAACCCCUCUCCGACAGUGCAGCCCCAGGAACAAAGGAUCAAAAGCCUGCCACAGAGGACAGACCCAGCUCGACUCGCUUCGGCACUAUUUCCAGAUGGUUCAGGAAGACUCCCACUGGAAUUUCUGCUGCCUCGACCCCCGACUUGGGAUCAGCAGCCUCUAUCCUCCCAGCCAACGAAACCGAUGGAUCGCAGGAUCCUGAAGUUCGUCUCCUCAACCCAGCUCUCCGUAGCAAGUCGUUGCCCCCACUAGAUACCGGCGCUGAGGAGCAUGCGCUUAACCAUGUCAAGGUCCCUGCCUUGUCUGAGAAAGAUGAGACUGCAGCUCCUGACACCAAGCGCUAUGCCAAGACUCUUCGUCUUACCUCUGAGCAGCUCCAGACUUUGGGUCUGAAGAAGGGUGCUAACACAGUAUCGUUCUCGGUGACAUCUUCUUACCAGGGAACAGCAACCUGUGUGGCCAAGAUCUUCUUGUGGGAUCAUGACUCUCAGGUCGUCAUCUCGGAUAUCGAUGGAACCAUCACCAAAUCGGAUGCUUUGGGUCACAUCUUUGCCAUGGCUGGACGUGACUGGACCCAUCUCGGUGUCGCCAAGCUGUUUACCGAUAUUCGCAGCAAUGGAUACCACAUCUUGUACUUGACCUCUCGCGCCAUUGGACAGGCCGACUACACACGCAAGUACCUGCAAAAGGUCGAGCAGAACAGCUACCAGUUGCCCGACGGACCAGUGAUUAUGAGUCCCGACCGUCUCUUCUCUGCUUUCCAUCGCGAGGUGAUCAUUCGCAAGCCUGAAGUGUUCAAGAUGGCCUGUCUUCGUGAUGUCAAGAAGCUGUUUGGAGACCGCAACCCCUUCUAUGCUGGAUUCGGAAACAGAAUCACAGAUGCCCUCUCGUACCGCAGUGUUAACGUCCCUCCUUCCCGCAUCUUUACGAUCGAUUCGUACGGUGAGGUCAAGUUGGAGCUUUUGAGCGCCUUCAAGUCCUCGUACUUGGCGCUGAAUGAUUUGGUCAACGAGAUCUUCCCUGGACAGAAGGUAGCGCCCGAGUUCAAUGACUGGAACUUCUGGAAGUCGGAUCUGCCCAAGAUUGAGCUGCCUGAUCUCCCUCUUUCGGCCAACACCUAUGGCACAUCUGGAUCAUCGACCUCGCUCUUGUUGUCGACCACCAGCGUCGCCAAGAAGGUCGCAUCACUCACCCAGGCAUCCUCGAGCUCCAGCCUUCUUCAACCUUCAUCACCCACCAGCCCAGCAGUCGAUACCAAGUCUAAACAAUUGCCGUAUGAUCGGAAUAGUUACACAGGAUCGUUCCGUGGACGCGCUGACAAUUGGGCCAGUGAUGAUGAGCAUGCAGAGCAACAGCACCAGGGUCAGGAUGGACUAUUGACUGAGGAUGGUAGCCGGAGAGUCCGGGCAACAUCACCCUCGAUGCUCUCUGCCUUUGUCCCUACUCGUCUGAUCCGUGCCGUAAGGAGCGGAAGCACUAGCAGUGCAGCCACACCAAUGCCUCAGUCUCUUGUUCCAUUGUCACCCACUCAGUCAGCGCUGGCCGCUGCAGAUGAGAGCGAUCGCCCUGUUUCGAUCCCCUUGCCCGCACCAGUGGAUGGUGUUUUGCAGACGGACGAGGAUGUCGCCAAGGCAUCACAGAAAUCUCUUGGCCAGAGCCAUAAUGACCACAACUCGAGCAGACCCAACAGUGUGAAUCUCGACGACCUUUUGCCUGUGAAGCAGGAGGAGGACGAUGGACCUACAGCGGGUCUUGUUCCAGAGGGUGUUGUUGAGGAGGAGGAAGAGUAUGAGGGUGACUAUGAGGAUGGUGAGGAGGGAGAGGAGUAUGAUGAUGAGGAUGAGGAUGAUGAGUUUUUAGAUGAUAUUGAGGAGGGCCUUGAGGAGCCUUUCCUGUAA